AUGAUAUUUUUCUCAUAUUAUCAUGUUGUCUUUUCAAAUGUUGUUGUGAAAUGCUUAACUUAUGGAAGCCCAGAUGAACGCCAACUUCUUGUAAACGAAAUGCUUGGUUCCACUGAUGAAAAUGAGCCAUUACAGGCAAUGAUGAAAGCUCCUUUUGGAAAUUACGUUGUCCAGAAGGUUCUAGAAACUUGUGAUGACCAGACACGCGAACUUAUCCUCUAUAUUCUUGAUAUUUUCCCACUUUUUAAAUCUUUUAUUAAAUUCUAA